AUGCUUCCCCUCACACUCUCUUUCAACCAGGACCAAACCUGCUUCUCCGCCUCAACACCUACAGGCUUCCGUGUCUUCAGCUGCGACCCUCUCCGCCACCUCUUCCGCCGAAUAUUCCCCGGUGCUGGUUUCACGCAUCUCGAGAUGCUUUUCCAGUCUAACAUACUCGCCCUAGUCGGGAAUGGAUCACACCCUCAGUUCCCUCUUAACAAGCUCAUACUAUGGGAUGACUACCGCGGCGAGUCCUUUGGCUCGUUGUCCUUCCGAACUGCCAUUCGUGGUGUCCGUCUUCGGAGAGAUAGGAUCGUAGUGGCAUUGGAGUUUCAUAUUUACGUCUACAAUUUCAAGGACUUGAAGCAUCUUCAUAAGGUGGAGACUUAUGCGAACCCUAAGGGGCUCUGCGUGGUUUCUCAGCUCGCUGAUUCAAUGGUGCUUGCGUGCCCUGGAUUGCACAAGGGUGAGGUACGUGUGGAACACUAUUCAAAGAAGAAGAUAAAUUAUGUUAUGGCUCAUCAUUCGAGUUUGGCGUGCUUUGCUCUCACCUUUAAUGGAAAGUUUCUCGCCACUGCCAGCAUUAGGGGCACGCUCAUUCGUGUUUUUGAUACAGCUAAUGGUGCUUUGCUUCAGGAGGUAAGAAGGGGUGCAAAUGCGGCAGAGAUUUACAGUUUGGCGUUCUCAUCUACGGCUCAGUGGUUAGCAGUCUCUAGUGAUAAGGGCACCGUUCAUGUUUUCUGCCUUAAGGUUAAUAUUAGCAACACGGAGCAUGAGAAGUCACAGAGUUCAUCAAAUUCUUCUGUUGCUUCCAUUACAUCAUCAUUCAGCUCAUCUCUCCCAUUCAUUAAAAUUAAAGGAGUGUUGCCAAAGUAUUUCAAUUCAGAGUGGUCAUUUGCUCAGUUUCACUUGCAUGAACACUGUCGUUACACUGUUGCAUUUGGUGACCAAAAGAAUACACUCACAAUUCUUGGCAUGGAUGGAAGCUUCUAUCGAUGCGAGUUUGACCCGGUGCAUGGUGGACAAAUGACUCAACUUGAAUCUCAUAAUUUUCUAAAACUUGAAGUAGCAUAG